AUGAAGUCAUUGGUGUGUGUGGUGAUCGGAGACGGCAGCGUAUUCGUUGUCGAUAUAGACGAGCGCAAGAAUGUUGGAAUCGUGUCAAGGCUGGUUACCGUCGACCCGGACAAGAAGAUUUUAAAGCAAAGUCCGACUCUUGCUGGAAUCAAUGCGAUCACGAAGGAAUCCAGAGAGAUGGGUUCAGCAGAUGAGAUUGGUGACGUGUUUGCAAAUGCGCCGACAAAGAAGGAGUUGUCUACUGUGGAUCUUCAAGUUCAGUCAAAACUUUGGGAGUCAGUUGUCAGGGUCUCAUCCGAAGCAACCAAGUCGCAAAUCCCCACGCUUGUCAUCACACAAGUGAAAACACCCGACUGGUCAAUUAAUUGUCAAGUUGUGAUUGAGCAGCUCCCUCCAGAUGGCAAGACGUUAGAGGAAGUCCUCCGAUUUAGCCUCAACUGUGGUGCUUGUUGGCGUAGUUCUGCUUGCGGCUUCGCAGUCUUUGAAGUCGCAGCACCACCAAACGUUGAGCUCAAUCCGUGCGCUCUCCAAGAUCAUAAAUUUGAUCACUAUUACGCAAUCAUCCCAGCUAAAGUUACCGGGCGGUAUCAAAAUCAAAUGACGCUUUCGCCUUUGUCAGCUCCAGGUCUCUCAGGAAGUGCUUUCGUGUGCACCAAAAUGGGAGCUCCCGUUGGAUACAUCGGUAGUGGCUUCGAUGGCUCGGCGAAGUACGAGCAGUAUCGAUCGUAUGGAUUCACACUACAUGGGAUCCCACCCGACUUGCCGUCCAGAUUGCCACCCAUUGACGAAGGUAGUAGUUCAUACACAUUCAGCGUUGAGUGCGAAAAGUAUCGAGAUCGGCGUGACAGCGAUUCACCUCGUUUUGUUUGCAUAUCACAUCACAAAUCCACCAGUUUGCAAUAG